UCCUGGCCCCGCGCGUCAUGGCGCUGCCUCUGGGAAGCGGCCUUAAGAGUGCUCUUUUGGAGCUUCGGAUUCGAGGGCCUUUGUAGUGUCCUUUUGUGCACCUAAGAAAGCAUCCGUUUAAAACAGAAGGAGAGUAAUGUACUUAUUGUAGGACUUUUGUGAACUCUAGACCCAGGAAUCACACUGCCUAGAUAAACCAGUAUUUCAAUACGCUGUUCCAGUGUUUUCAACGAAUCCGUACGUGUCUUUUUCAAACCUAUGUAAUUGGGUUCUUAGUGACCAGUGGCCUUCAUCUCAUGUUGGCUUUGGGAGUAUCUCUUAGGCUCCCUGAGAAAUUCACGUGUGCUUCCUAUUUUGUUUUCUAUUUGCCUACUUUUAUAAAACUAAAUAUUUUAUUAUUUGCACCCCGGAACACCUUCAGCCCUUACCCCACACUGCCAGAAAUGUCUUUUCUUGACAUUUCUUGGUGGGCGCAAAUUCUCACAGAACAAAGCGUCUCUGCUCUAGGGACAGGGUAGGAGGGUUAAGAAAAACCUCACUUCUACUUUAGAGUUGCUCCUCGCAGCAUCUGGUUGGUGCGACCAGGAAACUUUCCCUUUUUGUAAGAAAAUAGGAUUGGAGUAAAACGAUCCCUGCAAGUUCUGACUUUCUUCGAUCUAUGGACCCGGGCCGGUUCCAAGAGGACAUGUUAAAGGCGGCGCCGCGGACAACUUUGCUCCGCGGUGAUUGGCUCGCGGCGGGGGCCUCGUGUUUGUCCAAUAUGGCGGCGCCCAGUGGCGGUGUGAACUGUGAGGAGUUCGCGGAGUUCCAGGAAUUACUCAAGGUGAUGAGGACGAUUGAUGACAGAAUAGUACAUGAAUUAAACACUACGGUUCCAACAGCUUCCUUUGCAGGGAAAAUUGAUGCCAGCCAAACCUGUAAACAACUUUAUGAGUCUUUGAUGGCGGCUCAUGCCAGUAGGGACAGAGUCAUAAAAAAUUGUAUAGCUCAAACCUCAUCAGUAGUAAAGCAGCUCCGAGAAGAGAGAGAAAAGAAUUUGGACGAUUUAACGUUAUUAAAGCAACUUAGAAAAGAACAGACAAAGUUGAAAUGGAUGCAGUCAGAACUGAAUGUUGAAGAGGUGGUAAAUGACAGGAGCUGGAAGGUGUUUAAUGAACGCUGCCGAAUUCACUUCAAGCCUCCGAAGAAUGAAUAAAAAGAUACUUUUUUGAAAAAGAACCGGGUCAUCUCAUAAGAGUUAAGCAUGACAGAUGUCAACACGGUGGGCUUCCCAGGAAGGUUUCUGAGCCAACAGUCCACAAGACCUUUUGUUGAUUUCAGCCCCACUUAGCCAAGACCUCAAGUAUAAAUAAUUCUGAUAAUUAUGGAAAAAUCAACUGCUAUUUUAUACUGAUUCUGUAAAAAAAAAAAAAUGUUUUGUAACUAUUAAAAUAAUUUUCUGACUCA